CGUUGACCCUGAGAUUUGCAAUUGCGGCCCCUACGGCGUUGGGCGUUGGGCUUGUUGGUGUUUGUGGGUUUUGUUUAUUUAAAAGCCAGAAGAGAAGCAGCGUUUUUAGUAAUUACCCAAAACAAAGAAUCCCAUUUCAAAACAAAAGGAGAGGAAAUGAAGAUUGAAUCAGUGUUAUCGAAGGUGCCACCGGUAUGGGCGGCGGCGGUGACGGCGGCGGUGGUGAUGAUUUUAAGUGCAAAAAUGGUGUUGGUUUUAUGGUGGAAACCACGAAGAAUUGAAAAACACUUUGAUAGACAAGGAAUUCGAGGCCCUCCUUAUCGUUUCUUCAUUGGUAAUUUUAAAGAAGUAGUUUCUAUGAUGCUUGCUGCUUCUUCUCAUCCAAUGCCCAAUUUCUCCCAUAAUAUUCUCCCUCGUGUCCUCUCUUUUUACCAUCAUUGGAAGAAAAUUUACGGUUCAACCUUUCUAAUUUGGUUUGGACCAAUUGUCCGAGUCGCCGUCUCCGACCCGGACAUGAUCCGAGAAAUCUUCACCACUAAUUCCCACUUCUACGAGAAGAAUGAAGCUCAUCCUCUUGUUAAACAGCUCGAAGGCGAUGGCCUCCUCACUCUCAAGGGUCAAAAAUGGGCUCUCCAUCGCAAAAUCAUCUCCCCCACUUUCCAUAUGGAUAAUCUCAAAUUGUUGAUUCCAUUGGUGGAGGAAAGUGUGGUGGAAAUGGUGGAGAAAUGGUCGUCUAUGGCGGAGAGUACCGACUCUGACGAGGUCGAAAUCGAUGUUUUCGAGUGCUUUCAAACCCUAACGGAAGAUGUUAUUACAAAAACAGCAUUUGGUAGUAGCUAUGAAGAUGGUAAAGCUAUAUUUAAGCUUCAAACUCAACAAAUGAUAUUAGCUUCCCAAGCUUUUCACAAGGUCUUCAUUCCUGGCUAUAGAUUUCUACCGACAAGAACGAAUAUAAAUUCGUGGAAAUUAGACAAGGAAAUAAAGAAAUCAUUGAUGAAAUUAAUCGAGGGUCGAAAAUGGAAUUCAGAAAAGAAUUGGGGAAUGGAUGAAAAAAGGCCAAAAGAUUUGUUAGGGUUGAUGAUUCAAGCUUCUUCCUUAAAAUAUAAUAAUAAUAAUAAUAAUAAUAAUUCCAUUACUGUCCACGACAUCGUUGAAGAAUGCAAAAGCUUCUUCUUUGCUGGCAAACAAACCACUUCAAAUCUGCUGACGUGGACUACUGUCCUGCUGGCAAUGCAUCCACAGUGGCAAAUUCAGGCACGUGAUGAGGUCUUUAACGUCUGCGGUUCACGUGCCCUCCCUUCCAAACAUGAUGUCUCUAAAUUCAAAAUCCUGAGCAUGAUACUAAAUGAAUCCUUGCGAUUAUACCCACCCACGGUGGCAACAAUCCGACGUGCUAAGGCUGACGUGGAACUAGGUGGACGAAUGAUCCCACGUGGCACGGAGUUUUUGAUUCCAAUCUUAGCUGUUCAUCAUGAUCAAAGUAUUUGGGGGAAUGAUGCGAGCGAAUUCAACCCAGGGCGGUUCUCGGAAGGAGUGGGUCGAGCCGGAAACCACCCGGCCGGGUUUAUUCCGUUUGGACUCGGGGCUCGUACUUGCAUUGGCCAAAAUCUGGCCAUUUUGGAAGCAAAAUUAACAAUGGCAAUUAUACUUCAACGGUUCACGUUUCGUUUGGCUCCCACUUAUCAGCAUGCACCAACGGUUCUGAUGCUUCUUUAUCCACAAUAUGGGGCCCCCAUUCUUUUUCAAAAGAUACCCCUAGACUAAAAGUUAUCUAAAUUUUCCCUCCUCAUUUAUAUAAAUAUUGCUAAUUUAACCCACAUAAUUAUUAUUCUCGAUUAGUAUAAGAUCCUUAUCAAAUUGCUAACAUUAUAGGUAGCUUCUUCAAAUAUUCUCUCUACAAUUUGCAAUUGAUUAAGAGCAGAUUUGAAUUCAAUCGGUGUUUAAUUUAUCUGUUUGUAUACUUUUGAGGGAGAUGUUACACAGUUUUGGUAUAUGUAAUGUUAAUUUGUUGUUUAUAAACGUAAUUCAUUAUGU